AUGAAGAUUCAAUUCGACUUGAUACAUCAAGUCGCAAGGGCAGAAAUAUUAGAAGGAGAUGAUACAGGAAAGACAUUUGUGCGGCGAUAUGACGAGAAAAGAGAAAUUAUGGUCAAGGGUGGAGAAUUUCGCAAGUGUGAACGUGCUUAUCUUGGUGAUGCUAUGCCAGAACCAAGAAUUCCUUUUAUUCAAAAGCUAUGGAAAGUUUGA